AUGGGGCUGUUUUCACUCGAAUGUGCAAUUGUCGGUCAGGUGGAAAGCACGUUUGCCGUAAAGAUUGACGAUGGUCAGAUGAUAGGCGAGUUAAAGGAGGUGAUUAAAGCAGAGACGGCAACAAUCUCAUGUGACGCCAGAGACUUGCAGCUCUUUCCAGCAAAGACGAUAGAUGGCAAGUGGCUGUUGUCUAGCAUGGAAGAUGCGAAGAAGUUGAAGAAGGGUGAGACGACUGCUCUCAUUGAAGCGUUAACACACAAAGAUCGAGAGCUGCAGGGGGAAGACCCUAUUGCUGACUUCUUUGCCGAUACGGAAACUCAAAAAGCGGAAGAGAUGCACGUGCUGGUGGUGGUUCCGGAGGAAAUUACAUCACUUGAGAGCAAGAUGAAGCGAAGAAGGUUGUUGGCGGAUGAAGACGCCCCGGACUAUUGGAUGGUGGCGAUCGACGACGAGCAGGUUACAGCAUUACCAUUGACUUGUGAAGAUUUGAGAAAGCACCUGCAACGUGCGCUUCGAGUCAAAGUUCCCAUCAGUGAUGAAUCAUUCCAAUUGAUACGCGAGUAUAACACAACUGGAGAGUGUACUAGCACGUACGAUAAACUAUUUGAACCCGUACCACGUCGAGCAAUCUCGGACGGAGCUUCGAUUGUCGGGGGGUCGUUUGUUGAUCCCCUUUUUUGCGGUUGCUCUGGGUUCGUAUCCAAAGCAACAUAUCAUUUCUUGUGGGAUUCUCUCAUUGCAGUACUAUUCAAACGUAUCUCAAACGGGACGUAUCUUCGCUACAGGAAUGAGUCUUCUUCAAUUGACCUCGGUCGACCAGAUUUGUGCUAUUACUGCAAAUAUAGCGAUGUGUGCAUUUUUCGCGGGGCGGAAAAAGCAAGUGGACAGAUGCAAGUGCCACUCAAAGAAUUGUGCGAUAAACUCGUAUGGAAAUAUGACGCUGCGUCAUAUAUUUUUGGCUACGCUGCUGUGGGACUGAAAGUAUGCUUGGUAAUUAUUCGGAAAGACGAGAUGACGGAACGUGGCGCAAAAGUGGAAACUAUCGAAACGUACGAUUUGAGUGAUCUCCAUAGCCGUCUACAGUUUUUUCUAGCCAUGCUUAACCUUUUGACGCUUUUCCGACCAGUUUUAAAGCUUAUCGAACCGCUGGGUAUACCCGAGUACGGCAAUAUCAUUGCAGGCAAUGGUGUGAAGAUAUCACUCGCAGAGGAUUGUGUUGUGAAGACGUAUGGCUUUGAUCCCAUUGAUACCUUUGGUCGCUUUGGUCCCUUUGACCCCUAUGGUAUAACAAGUGGCAGCGUAAUUUGGAACCUAAGGAAGGUGCAUCAUCUAAUGAAAAAAGGCUCGGUCCCGAACGUUGUGGAGCUAAGGAAAACGAGCAUGAAAAAAAAACAUGUGAUACUUUCUCCUCUUGGUCGACCAGUCGCACCUAAAAACGUCCAUCAGCUUCUGACGGCCUUGCGCGAUAUACUCAAAGCGCUAGUGGCAAUGCACGCAAUCAAAAUUAUGCAUCGAGACUUGAGAUGGCCAAAUGUGCUGAAGUACCAAGACAAAGGUGACAAGUGGUUUUUGAUUGACUUUGACGAUGCAGCACUGUCGCCGGCUUCAAAAGUGAAUCAUUUGAGAGCAGAAACACAUGCUCCUGAGGUAUUGUUAUCUUCUCAUACGGUUAAGGUCGACAUUUGGAGCGUGGGCUAUCUCUUACGGACGUCAAAUAUCCGAAAUCUUCCGGCGAAGCUGAUCACAAUGAAAGAAAAGUGUUUGCAGGAGAAUCCGAUGCAGAGACCCACGGCAGUAUCACUCUUGAAGUCGAUCGAAGAGCUUUUAGGAGUAGACAGCGCUCACACGAAUGCCCCCUGA